UGUGCUACCACAGUGCGGUUUGGAUAUUGUUUUGAACGCUUCUUCCAGGUGUCGCAAUGGGUCAUCUAUACGGGUUCGGUUCGGUAGUAACUGUGGUGCUUGUACAGAUGCUAGUCUUUCCCUCGGCAACGAUGGCUAAGUACUACAAUGUCGUCACGUACGACAAUUGCAAACACAUGGACAAUCCGGCCGCCACGCUAAGCAACGUGAAAGUGGCCGGCAAGCCGAACGCGAUCGAGCUGAGCGCUACCCUGGACGUGACGCGGGAAAUCGAGCCACCCGUUCACAUGCAGCUGUCCGUGAAGCGGUGCAAUCUGCAGAAGGAGGGCUGCGAAACGUACGAACACAUCUCGAUGGAGGACAUCUGCUCGAAGAUCGAGAGCAAUCCGAUACUGCACAAGUACAUGGAUGUGUUUAAUCCACCGCUUAGCUGUCCGUUGAAAAAGGGUCGUUAUGUGGCGGAAAAGUCCGAGCUGAAGCUGCACAUGCUGGAGAUGUUCCCGAUCGAGAACGCGUUCUGGCAGAUGGAGUUCCGCUUCAUGAACAAACACAACCAAACGAUGCAGUGCGAUUUCGUUGAGAUUGCUGUGACGGAUAAGGAAUGAUCGCCCGGGUGGCGAGUCCACUUACCUUGCAC